AUGUGCACGCCUCAGGCACAAAUCAGUUUAAGGCUCGACUCUUUCACGGCUUCGCUCAGAUUUGCAAUGCGAGACAAUGAAAGAAAGAAGUCCGUAGGCUAUUCCAGUGUCCAUGCCGAGCAGAAAAUUUAUCCUUUCUUCAGCCACUUUUCCUAUCACCGGCAUCUCAAAAGACCUGUGACCACAGAUAAAUGCGUCUACUUAGCCUUCCGAACGCUCCUAUCACAGUUGCUUGAUCUUCACCUAUCUCAAUCCUCGAGACAUAAACGAUUGCAUCCGGCCUACCAUCUCUUCCUCUCACCCUCACCGGCAGACUCUUAUCCUCAGGAAGAGAGGUAA